AUGGUGCUUCCUAACACAGAUUACUAUGGAUAUGACUUGGAAGCCUAUGCUGUUGGAAUUUCUUUUAGCGCAUGCAGGAAUGCAUGCCUAACUGAUUCUAGAUGCAAAGGAUUCGGAUAUACUCUGGAUGGAAACGGGGAAUGUUUCCCUAAAAGUUCUCUCCUUAAUGGAUUUCAUAUGCCGAAUACUCUCGAAAUCAUGCAUAUUAAAAUUCCAAAAGGUCUUCUGAGCAAGGAUGAAGUCGCAACGAAGCUAGAAACAUACGAUUUGAACUGUUCAGCUGCACAAGUUUCUCUCAAAUUUAAUGAUCAUGAAGUGGAAAAGAGCAACAAAAAUCGAUACAUGGAUUAG